AUGAACGCUACGACAAACUUGGAUUGGGAACCUGCGUCAGGACCUAUCCCGACGCCCCUCCAAAACAAACGCAUCGACUACUGUCUCUUGGAGAUUAUUUGCUUGGUCGGUGGUGGUCAACACGCUUUACUGAAACUAGUCUUCAAGAACCCAAUAAUAGCUGCUUCUCCGCGCUCACCCGCUGGCACCCAUGGUGUUAUAAUGUUUCUCGAAGAUCAGGGUUCAGUCGGUAACCCAAACAUCGAUCAAGGUCGGUUGGUUGUUAGGACUUUUACUUACACAGGAGCCCACCAGAGGGCAGCCUUUAGUCACAGGAUACCCGUUAGAGGGAAGAAAUGUCUGAGGCACUUCCUUAAGGUUGCUCGCGAUUUCAAAAUGAAUUCUUGUGACUUUGUCGUGAAUGCUACUGGCACUCAUGGAUGCAGAGACUAUACAUCGCAAUUUAUUUAUCGCCUAGAUGAACGCAAGGUUUUGAAACUUCCAGUUAAUGCGUUUCUCACUGUCUACGACCUGUUCAAUUAUACAUACUCGCCCACUGCGCCCCCUGUUCUCUCAGUCGGAUGCUUUUACCUUCCUCCUCCUCCUCCUCCUCCCCCUCCUGGUGGUCCUCCUGGUGGUCCUCCUGGUGGCGGUGGUCCUCCUGGUGCUGGUGGUCCUCCUGGCCUUGCUCUAUGA